AUGCGGUAUAGGCGCCAUGCACCCGCCCCGGCUCGUCGACCACACCUCAGCAUCCGUCAACUGACGCUUUCAACGUCCUCGACACCUCAAACCGCACUUCGGGAGCAGCGAGUCGCUGACACAAUGGCCAUUGAACCAUCAAAGGCAGUGGUGCCUCCUAAGGGGGUCAAGACUGACUAUCCGUUGAUUGAUUCCGAUCCACAUAUUAAACGAGUUUUUGGCUAUGCUCGCCCUUCGGAUUAUGUCGUCGGCGGUGCUGCGGCUGCUGCCUCCCCGAUCGCCUUCUGGGCUAUGGAAAAGUUUAGCCCUUCUCAUGUCGGUAAAGGAGGGUUUGCGCCGGUUAUGCGCUUAGCAACAGCAAUUGGUCUACUUGGAGGUCUACACAUUUUCUAUCAGCGAUCUACAAACCGCUUCUACGGCUUCACAGAAAACUCGCGCGAGGUUGAGAAGGAUAUGCGAGAGAUGGUUGAUAAGGUGAAGAAGGGGGAACCACUUUACGGCACAUCACAGCUUUCAGAAUAUAUGCAAGGCGUUGCAGCCCGCAAUUCUCGAUACACUGGCCUAUUCGCCCAUGUCAUUCCAUGGUUCAACAUUGUCAACCAUGACCAUCACGGCGUGGAUACGGCCAAAUAUUAUCAGCAAGCCGAGAGAGAGCUUGAGGCAGAGCGCUUGGGCAAAUGA